AUGAGCCUCUCAAACCAAAGCGAUAUGAGUCAGUUUGUAUCUAGUGUUGAACCUCAGAUACCUAAGAAGCGCCACCGUGGUUACAUACGCAGCUUCAAGGCCUGCGAUAGAUGUAGGGCAAAGAAGACUAGGUGUAUCUUGGAUGCGCCCGAGGAGCCUCAGGGUGCCUGUCAAAGGUGUAAGAGAGAACGAAAGGUAUGUUCUUUGACAGACCAGUCAGUGACAUCGAGGAAUGUCGCAAAAGAAGGUGAUAUUUCCCAUGUUGGUACCAGCCAUAAAGAAGCCUCCAGACGCCAUGAAUGCAGUAUUUCUCGACCACAUACCACCCAGGGCGACCCUGCGCUGUCCACCCCGACGACUGACGGCGAUCAUGAGAGGCAAGCGAUGUCGGUAGCUUCGACUGGAUCUACGCAACCUCCACUACAUAGACUACCAGACUUUCAUCUGAUGCUACCGCUGGCGUCCAGAGCGGCAGAUAACAUCGACACUGUUGUGCAUGUUCCAAUAUCGAACGACGGUGACACUAUCAAGCUUCUGCAGCAGUCGUCAAAAUAUGACGACGCGAAGGAGGGAGUUCAGCGUGAUGGCUCGUCAGCUUUGUCAAACCCUUCAAAACAAGGGUUUUUGGCAAUAAAUGGACCCUUGAUAUCUGAACUUUCGUCCCCCAGCAUCGAGGCGCUAAGACUAUGGGAUAGUCUAAGAUUUGUUCGUAUGGGCUGGCUGACUGCACUUGAGGCGGUGUCGUACAUGGACCUAUUCUUUGAGAACAUACUCCCGCUGUCACUGGUGAUGGAUGACUUUUAUAGUCACCACGAAAACCAUUAUAAGUUGAUAACGCAGGAGCCCCUCCUCUGUUGUACAAUCCUCAUGAUCUCCUCCCGCUUUCAUUGCCUUCAGGGUACUUCAAGCUGGUCGAGAAGUGUCGCUUUACAUACACGGCUAUGGGAGCAUUGCGAGCAUCUUGUAAAUCGAAUUAUCUUUGGCCAAGAGAAGAAGUCCAAAGCAAAAACUCGGACGCUCGGCGCAAUCCAAGCCCUUAUCCUCAUGACUGAGUGGGCACCACGAUCAGCUUACUUCCCCCCCAAGUCGGAUGGUUGGGACUCGGACUUGCUCUUCCAGCUUCCUGACGAACGAGACCAAUUAGACGGGAACUUGGCAGAUGUCACUCAAGACCUCCAUGGGAAUUGGUACCGAGAUGUCGUCGCUCCUGCAAAGACCAUCGAUCGCAUGUCGUGGAUGCUUCUUGGCUGCGCAGUUACUCUUGGUCACGAAAUCGGCUUGUUUACUGCAGCUGGGAUGAGCCCAACAGCCAGGAAUACGCAGGACCAUGGAACAAGCUACGUCUGGCUACGCAAGGUGAUAUUUAUUGCCGAUGAACAGCUGUCUAGCCGAAACGGGCUCACAUCAAUGAUUCCUUCAAGUCUCAACUCUUCAGCCUUUGAACCCUGGAUAGGCUCUCCAUCUGCCGAGGCCGAGCCAGCUCGCAGGUUCGUCAAUGGCCAGCUAGCUCUCGCAGACUUGGCUCGAUCAAUCUCGAAUACCUUGUUUUCUUCAAGGAAUACUACACAGGAGCUUAUACAGAGCUACAAAUACGUGGCCAGCAUAGAGGAAUAUCAGCAAAAACUUGCCGCGUGGCGAGAGACGUUCUUGAAUAAGCAAGUGUUGUCAUGGCUCUCACUCCACCUGCUGGAGAUAGAGUACCAGUACGCCACAGUCUUUCUUCACAGUCUGGGAAUGCAGGCCGUCGUCGAUCGGUCCUGUAGAAACAACCCAAAUGAUUCAAACGCCACGAACCGAGCCACCGGGAACUGGAUACUGAACUUUGCCACUCCAACGGACCUUCGGUUCAUUAAUGUAGUGAUACAGGGCAGCUGCGAGCUGAUGCAAAGUGCAAUACAGUUAGCUGCACGCGGAUCUCUACAGUACUGCCCUACGCGUGUCAUCACCCGCGUCAUCGGUGUCUCUGUAUUCCUACUCAAAGCCCUUGGUCUGGGCGUUGAAAGAGCUGUUUUCAACAAGUCUCUGGACCAGCUUGAGCAUGUGGUCCAGGCUAUUCGCCACAGCACCUGGGACGACUUGGAUCUUGCAAAGCGUUAUGCCGAUGUCCUGCAUCAUCACAUCGAUCAGCUCAGGAACGGCUCUUGUACGCGAGGGUCCCAGCAAGAAACACCCGUUGUUGAGCAGCGGCUGGGUGAUGCCUUGGAUGAGCAGGGGCCAAGCUACGACAGUCGCGAUAUGUUUGGUGAUAUACAUGUUCCUGAUGAUUGGCCCGACUCACUCGCAUUUCUAGAUGCUUCGCUGGCGCCAUUUGGCAUCGCCACCGAUGAAAGUUCUGGAAUUGCCGGUAUGGGAGAUAGUGAUUGGAGUUUACUGUGGAACAUUCCUUCAUUCUAUACACCCUCGUUUCCUCCCUAA